AUGAUGACAAUAAGGUUUAUACCACUUCAAUUAGGUCAAUUAAUGAUAUCCUGCUGUCGAUCAGUACAUUUUCUUUUUUUGAAUUUAGAUAACGUUACUUCAUUGAUGUCAUCAUCACCUGUUCGAAUGAUUCCAACAAAUCGUCGUCAUAUAUCUUUAUGUUCAGUAUGUGGAGAUAAAGCAAGUGGAAAACAUUAUGGAGUAAUGAGUUGUGAUGGCUGUCGAGGAUUUUUUAAACGAAGUGUUCGACGUAAAAUCGAAUAUAAAUGUAAAGGUGAUUCUACAUGUCAAGUUGAUGUUAAUCGACGAAAUCAAUGUCAAGCAUGUCGAUUUCAACGUUGUUUAGCUGUAAAAAUGAAACCUAGUGCUGUUCAAAAUGAACGAGCACCACGUCAUGGAUCGAAACGAGUAAUAUCUACUUCUCGAACACAAUGUUGGACACCGCCGACUAUCGGGUAUGUAACAGAAUCAUCACAAAUGAAUAUGCCAUUUGGUUUUCGAAAUUUAUCAAUUAAUAAUACAUCAUCUCCAAUAUGGUCAACAUCUCGAAUGUUUCUACCGCAACAAUCUUUUAAUAUCUCGAAAUGUAGUACAUCAUUAGAUUUAUCAAAUAAUGAUGAUACACAAAUAUCAUUGGAUGAUAAUAAUCUAUCAAGAAUUUUAUGUGAAACAGCUUCAUUUAUUUUACUUGAAUCUAUACGUUGGCUUUAUUCAGUACCAUCAUUUAAAGAAUUAAAUGAAUAUGAUCAAUUAAUAUUAAUCGAACAAUCAUGGUCAAUAUUAUUUCUUUUAACAUCAGCUGAAAUGAAAAAAUUUCUGGAACAAAAUGAUAUUGAUUCAUUUGAUGAAGAUAAUCAAUAUAUCAUAUUGCAAUCAAUUAUUAAAGAAUUAAUUAUUCAUUCUAUUGAUCAAACUGAAUAUACACUUAUUAAGUUAAUAAUUAUUUUUAAUAAUCCAAUGAAUAAUGAACUUCAUGAUCGAUUAUUAGUUGAUAAAUAUCGUAAAGAUGCAUUUUCUAUGUUAGCUGAUUAUACAAAAAAUGCGAAAUAUCGUCGUUUAGCUGAACUUUUAUUCUUAUUAUCAAAUAUUCAAGAAAAAAUAAAUGGUAUCCAUUUAGAUAAAAUCUUUUUUCAACAUUUAAUCAACCGUAUAUCAAUGAAAAAUUUAUUACAUAAUAUUGUUCGUCAUCUUUCUACAUUUAUUCAAUAG